AUGAAUGUUGCUAAAGUGUCAGAGUGCAUGAAGCAAUCUGCUGAGUUCCUGCAGCGGAGAACGUCUAGUGAUGCAGAGUGUGCUUUGGGUGUAAUUGCUGAGGCUUUGAUGAUAAGCACUUGCUCAGAAAAAUUACUUGAGACAAAAGCUGAUGCUCUUUUCAUGCUACGAAAGUACGAAGAGGUGAUUCAGUUGUGUGAGCAGACUCUUAAUUCUGCUGAGUCGAACACUUUGACAACAGGGGCUUGCCAGUCAAUGAAUUUGGAUGGUUCUGUCCUACAAAGGAGCUCUUCGUUCAGGCUCUGGAGGUGGUCCCUAAUAGUUAAGUCCUAUUUUCAUUUGGGCAGGCUUGGGGAAUCUCUUGAUUUUCUGAAGAGGCAAGAGGGGCCUUUGCCUGGCAUGGAAAGGAGUCAGAACAAAACUCUGGAAUCACUGAUACCUCUAGCUGGCACUGUACGGGAUCUCUUACGCCACAAGGCUGCAGGAAAUGAAGCAUUUCAAUCAGGAAAGCAUGCAGAUGCUAUUGAACAUUAUACCACUGCAAUAUUAUGCAAUGUUGAGUCACGUCCUUUUGCUGCAAUUUGUUUUUGCAAUCGCGCUGCCGCGUACCGAGCUAUGGGCCAAAUCAUGGAUGCCAUUGCAGAUUGCAGCCUGGCCAUGGCCCUUGAUGAAAAUUAUUUGAAGGCAAUUUCUAGACGGGCCACUUUAUUUGACAUGAUUCGAGAUUAUGGACAAGCCGCCCUAGAUCUCCGGAGACUUGUAUCUCUUCUGACAAAGCAAGUUGAGGAUAAGGCGAACCAGUCUGGACAAUCUGAUAAAAUGAACUGCAUAAAUGAGCUAAAACAAACUCAAGUAAAGCUUUCCGUAAUGGAAGAGGAAUCCAGAAAGGAAAUCACUUUGAAUAUGUACCUCAUUCUGGGCAUAGAUCCAUCUGCAGCCACAUCAGAAAUUAAGAAAGCUUAUCGGAAAGCUGCACUCAGACAUCAUCCCGACAAGGCUGGCCAAUCUUUGGCCAGAAGGGAGAAUGGCGAUGAUGUGCUCUGGAAGCAAAUAGCAGAAGAGGUCCACAAAGAUGCUGACAGGCUGUUUAAAAUGAUUGGAGAGGCAUAUGCAGUACUCUCAGACCCUACCAAGCGGUUAAGGUAUGAUAUUGAGGAAGAGAUGAGAAGUGCCCAUAAUAGAGGCUAUUGA